AUGGGAUACAAUGACGGACCUAGGAGGAAUAAAAACCACCACAAGCAAUCGGGAAAUUCACAUCAGUCAGAACACGACGGAGGCAGCAAGAGGAAACGCGACGAUCGCGACGACACCGAUUCAGGCAUAGGCAGCAUGGGACAAACACUUGCGCUCCUGCAGCAACCCGAUUUGCCAACCUUUAAUUUGAUCUCAAAAGAAGCGCCGAAAGAAGAUGGCAAGGGAAGUGAGGAGAAGAAGGGAGAGGGUGCUGAAGGCUGGGAAACCGUCAGGGAGCGUCCAGCAAAGAAGGCAAAGAAGAUUCCGAAGCCUCACUCGUUGAACUACCCGUCUAUAACCUUUUCAGCGGACUCAAGACUACAGUCACAGAUCAAGAUUAGUGACUUACAAAAUCUUGUAUUAUACCUACUUGCCGACGGCUCUGGACCACAAUGGGUUUCUGUUCGCCAUCGACCGGAGAUACGAAAGGUUGUUGUUUUAAUGGUUCCUGGACUGGAAAGGGAGAUGUUUGGGUCCAAAUCCUCCAGCGAUGGAGAUAAGAAGGAGAAGGAGAAGGAGGCAGAUGGAAACAAUGGAGCGAAUCGGGGAAAUGGAAGGCACACUUCGCCAGAUGAAUACUAUCCUGUCAAGUUGGCGACCGACAAGCUUCCUCUUCAACUGGCCGAGUUUGGAAACAUGUUUGAGUACCUGUGGCCUGUCAAGACGCCAGGAGACGACAAAUUCAGCAAAAUGCACUCGCCACUGCAUGCAAUGCUUACGGCGCCAGUGUCGAAAUCGCAAGAAGACAAAGAUAAGAAGGGUGCGAGACCAGCAAAAGAACCCCAUGGGUGGGUGAAUAAGAGGACACGCGUGACAGAGUACAUCUCCGGACCAGAUGAGCUGUUGGAAAACAAGUACACUCUACAUCCUACUGUUUAUACUGAGGAGGCCGAAAAGCAACACUUGAACGAGCAGAGAGUCAAUGCUGGCACGUCAACAAAGGAAGGAUGGGUAGACACGUUGGUUGACUCUUGGGAAGACGGGUCACCACCCGAGACUGAGAUCGAGCAAGGUAGCAUCACCGCUGGCCGAGAAGUCAUUGCUAUGGACUGUGAAAUGUGCAUGACGGGCGAACGCGAGUUCUCAUUGACGAGAAUCAGUCUCGUGGCAUGGGAUGGAACGGUCACUCUCGAUGAGCUUGUUAAGCCAGCCAAGCCCAUCAUUGACUACGUCACUCAAUACUCUGGCAUCACAGAAGAAAUGCUUCGGCCCGUCACAACUACUCUCCAAGACAUCCAACAAAAGCUUCUCCAGAUCCUCACACCACGCACCAUCCUCAUUGGACAUUCCCUCAACGCCGACCUCAACGCCCUCAAGCUCACACACCCAUUUAUCAUCGAUACCUCACUCUUAUACCCGCACCCUCGUGGAACACCGCUGAAGUCAUCUCUUAAAUACCUGGCUAAGAAGUACCUCGGCCGCGAAAUUCAAAAAGGAGGUGGGACUGUAGGCCCCGGCGCAGGGCACGAUUCGACUGAGGACGCUCGAACCUGUCUUGACCUAGUGAAGCAGAAGUGCGAGAAGGGACCGCAAUGGGGUACUGGUGAUGCUGCCAGCGAGAAUAUUUUCAAGCGGCUAGCACGAACCGGUGUUCGCUACAAGAACCAAGGUGGCACAGCUGUAGCUGGCCAAGCUGGUGCCAAGACCUCCGCAGCUAUUGACUGGGGCGACCCAAAGAAGGGCGCAGGAGCGGCAGCAAACGUUAUCAUAGGAUGCAAGAGCGACGAAGAGGUCACUGCGGGGACAAUCCGUGCUAUUGUGGGCGACAUGGACGGCCUUGAAGUGCCAGGUGGGGGAGUGGACUUCGUUUGGGCCCGAUUCCGUGAACUGGAGGCUCUCAAAGGGUGGUGGAACAUUAACAAACCCGCAAUGCCUACGAUCCUUGCAGAGACAUCGGCGCCUGGCCCGACGGCUACUGACGACCUGACGCCUCCUGUAGAUGAUUCUGCAAUUGGCCCGACUUCAGACAAGGAAGCCGCUUCUCGUUUAGACUCGCUGUCGGAAACUAUAUCCCCUGCGCCGGAUGCAUCGCCUAUUGCUGAAGCAACCGCUGCCCUUACGGCACGGAUCCGAACCAUCUACAAUUCCCUUCCGCCAUGCACAGCUUUCAUUAUCUACAGCGGCUCUGGGGACCCGCGCGAAAUGUCAAGACUUCAAGGCGUUCAACAGACCUUCAAAGAAGAAUUCAAGACAAAGAAAUGGGAUCAACUCAGUGUGAAGUGGACAGAUGUGGAAGAGCAGGCGUUAAAGGCAGCUGCAAGAGAGGCUAGGAAUGGGAUCGGGUUUGUGACGGUUAAAUAA